AAGUUAUAUUGUUUAUUUUCUUGGACCGGCUUAUUUAGUCAAGACAAAUGUCUCCAAAUAUCUAUAAGAAAAUUCAACGGAACUAUAAUUUAAUUGGUGUUCCAAAUGUUUCGGCGCUGUAUAAUAUAAUUCUUGAAUAAAAUUUUGAUAUUAGCAUGCAAAACAUAUUAACUAUUAGCAACACAAAUUUCAGUUAAACAAAUAAUUGGGUAACUAGUUUUUUCAGCCAUUACUUAAGUUAAUGUUACAUUCAUGUCUUUCUUUUACUUUAUACUAAUUCACUAUAUAUACUCUAAUGGCGGUCUUAUGCAUGGAAUAAAUAUUAUAAAGAAUCUGUCUUGAGUGUGUUACAAAAAGAACUGUCCGAGUACUAUUAUUUGUUGUGCACCAAAAGAUUAAAUAAAAGGACAAUAGAAAAAUGAAAUUGAAUUAUCUUAUAGAAAAGAUUAGACGUCUAUCUCGAAAAAUUCCACUAAAAAAGUUAGCAGUUUUCAAAUGAAACAUCUUGCGUAAGGAAUCAAAAUGAGCCAUGUGUCAAUCACAUACAAAAAUGACGUCGCUAUAGGCAGCCACACGUACUACAAGCACCGCAUAAAUAAAGAUGGUGCCUCUUCCUCAAACUUCCUCACUUUGCAAGUGAAACAAACAACUCUUAGAAAUAAUAUUAAAGGUUCUCUCUCUCUAUUUCUCUUUUGGUAAGAAACAAAACAAGUAGAGAUCUCUUUCUGUCUAUCUAUCUUUGUGUUCUUCUUGUUCUAUGAUAAAACGAUCUCGAGUAUCCCAAAAGAGCAAGAUGUCUAUAAGAAAAAUCUACCGAUGUCUAAAUUCUUUAAUCAAAAGAUCAUGUGCUCAGUCUCUAUGAUCAUAUAUAAGUCCCAUUUCACACUUUGUUUCAACUCUCAGGUUUUCAAUAUUUUAUCUUUGUUCUAUACCCAACCCCUUUGAUUCUUUGAACAAUCAAGAAAUCAAGAAUCAAGAAUGGUGCGGACACCAUGUUGCAGAGCUGAGUUAGGGUUAAAGAAAGGAGCAUGGACUCCCGGGGAAGAUCAGAAGCUUACCUCCUACGUUAACCGUCACGGUGAAGGUGGCUGGCGAACUCUCCCCGAAAAAGCUGGACUCAAGAGAUGUGGCAAAAGUUGCAGACUAAGAUGGGCCAAUUAUCUAAGACCUGACAUCAAAAGAGGAGAGUUCACUGAAGAUGAAGAACGUUCUAUCAUCUCUCUCCACGCCCUUCAUGGCAACAAAUGGGCUGCAAUAGCUCGUGGAUUACCAGGAAGAACCGAUAACGAAAUCAAGAAUUACUGGAACACUCAUAUCAAAAAACGUUUGAUCAAGAAAGGUGUUGAUCCGGUUACUCACAAAAGCAUAUCAGCAAAUUUGCAGGAUAUUCCGGAGAAACUAAACAUUAAUCAGACAAUUAUAACGAGUGAUGAUGAUCUUGAUCAUAACAAGAAGAUGGAGAAGUCGGCUAGAUUCUUGAACAGAGUAGCUAAUAGGUUCGGAAAGAGAAUCAACCAGAGUGUUUUAUCUGAAAUUAUCGGUAGUGGUUGCCCACAUGCUACUAUUUCUAAUAACACUACUACUGUUACUACAAGUGUCACCGUUGACUCCAAAUCAGAUAAGUCAACGAGCUCUUCCUUCACACCAACCUCAAAUCUUCUUAUGACCGCUAACGGUAACGCUACGUCGUCUCCGUCCGCAUUUUCUGAGUCAUCCAUUAGCGAUCGAUUAAUGUACUGGGAUAAGGAGGAUAAUAUCGAAUUCUCAACAUUUCUGAAUGAUGAAGAUUUCAUGGUGUUGGAAGAGUCUUGUGCUGAGAACAAUGAGUUCAUGAAAGAGCUUACGAGGUUUCUUCAGGAGGAUGAGACGGACAACAUAGAAAUGAUGCCCGUCAAUGAACAUCAAGACAGUUUUGAAGAUAUUGACAACUAUUUUGCAUGAGUGAAUCUUCUGAUAAACCCCACAUGAUCAUUUCAAUAUGAUCCUGUGAUAGAUGAUUAUGUUGAUAAGUGAUGUUGAACCAUGCAUGUAGCUUGUGUUGUCAUAUGUGCGUGUCGUUUUGGUGUUUUUCCUUCUUUUUUUUGUUUUACUUUUCUGUAAGUUUGGCCUCAAGUGUGUUUCGUGUAUGUAGUGGUUAAAUAUGGUGAUGUUAGUAAUAUUACAUUGUUUUACCGAGUGUA